AUGAACCCCAAAGUUGGCAGGCUCCCCUGCGCCAAACAUCCUGGGAGCAACCGGCUCCUCCAUCGCGGUCAGGCACCAGCUCUACCUCUCAGCGUGACGAUGCAGCUGCUUUCUCGUCGCAGUUUGACGCUGGGACAACAUUACAUAAGCUUGGCAAAACCCUUUGCCUUCUUUUUGCAACAACCACAUACUGAUAGGCAAGAAGAGGUGGAUCGCGCCAUCGACAACCUUGUGAAGAGCGGGAAAUUGUUUAAUGCUAUUCCUCGUCGGGACUCUGUACCUCUGAUGAUGAGCCGUCCCUACCCGGAUUAUGAUCCUCGCAUGAUGAAUGUAAUGCCCCAACGCCAUAGCGCCAUCGGAGACUACGAAUCACUCCGGCCUCACUCAGCAUCCAACGUACAAGGUUUCUAUGCUGCCCAACGUUAUCAGGGGCGUCCAAACGAAGUAGAGCAGAUGAUGCAGGCGAAACGACGUAUGGCAGCACAGCGUGAGGGAGAACUCCGCAAAUAUCACCAUCAGCAGCAGAUCCAUCGUACGUGA